AUGUCCAAGCUCAUAGAGCCAAACUACUCUUACAAGAGCUCCAAGAAGCAGAACAUACCAUCCCCAGGAGAUAAGACGGAAAUCCAUCUCGGUGCGAAAUAUUCCCACUAUGACAUUCAAGUACAAAAUAAGAGCCCGCCAGAACCUUCCACCCUAAAGAAACUUCAGGAGUGCGAUAUCGAGCUCAAGCUUCUCAGCAUUGAAUACUUCCAGCAUCUGGAACGGAAGGCAGAACUCAUGAAUUGCAAGCCACCAGGGUGCCUCGUUCAUCGCUCUGGAAUAGUGGACGGGCCUACUUCCAACUUCGUGGCGGCUGCUGCGCUCGUGAGUGUGGCUGCUGUGAACGAUCUUGGCACACCAUUCGGGACCCUUCUGGAGAGGUUCGAUAUAUGCACUGCACAGGAAGUUGUGGAUGCUGCACCCGCCACCGGGGCUACUCUUCCUCAAAUGUGGUAA